AUGCUUGGCGUUAUAUCUCAGCUUAUUGUCGUCCGGCUUCCGGUCAUAGAGACUCAAAGGGAAUGUCCUCUAGAUUUGAAGGAAGCGAUAAGUAGCGUGUGUUUUGCUGCGCCAAAAUGUGCCGAUCUACCAGAGUUGCUGCAGGUUCAAAUUCUAUUUACUGCCAAGUACGGGAAGGAAUUUGUAUUAGCUGCAACUGAGCUGAGGCCAGAUUGUGGUGUUAAUCGUCAGUUGAUAGAAUUGUUAUCUAUACGCGCUCCUUCUCCUGAAAUAAAAUUGAAGAUUCUAAAAGAAAUUGCAGAAGAGCAUGAGUUGGAAUGGGAUCCUGCUUCUACUGAGUCCGAGUUUUUCAAACCACGUGAAGAUUUAUUGAAUGGUCCAACACAGUUUGUAACCGAGUCAAAGUUACCCCUUCCGGCAGAGAAACAUGAUGAAACAUUGACUUCUGCCGCUGAUCAUGCAGAAACCGAGCAGCCUGAUUCUGAUUCAGACUUUGACCUGGUAGAUUUUCCUGAUGUUCCUAAUGUGUCAUUGCCGUCAAGCACUAAUGCUGCAUCAGCACCAGUAACUAACCCACCUUCAUCAGCUGCUCCAGAACUUGAAAUUAAUAACUCACCUAAACAUUCUAGAGCUUCUGGUCAUGUGUUACAAAUGCUCCCUUUGGAGCCCGAUAUAUUGAUGCAAGAAAAUACAAUAGCUAAAGAAAGUGAAAUGUCCGAUGACCCCAGCCACAGCCAAAGAAAAUAAACAGUUUCUGCCUUUCAUUUCUCCUCCAUCGAUAUCUGCAAGACCAAGCGAUCCAACAUCGGCUAUUUCAAAACCGAAAAGUGAGACCAACUUUGAUCUAGAGGAUAUUUUAGCUGCUGCUCAGUCAGCUGCUGAAAGUGCUGAGCAUGCAGCAGCUGCAGCUCGCUCAGCAGCAAAUCUUGCCCAAGUCAGAAUUGCCGAACUUAAGCAGAAAAGGAAUGGCCAGGACGGUGAAGAUAGCUCUGAGAACCACCUUCAUACGAAUAUUCCUCAUCAACCAGCUAGUAAGGAAAACCCAAAUUUUGAU